AUGUUGUGCAUCAAGAAGAAACUCAACUCAAUCAAGAGGAAACUCAACUCGAUCAAGAGGAAACUCAACUCGAUCAAGAGGAAACUCAACCCGAUCAAGAGGAAACUCAACUCAAAGGGGAAACUCAACUCAACCAAGAUGACAUCCACCCUGAAAAAAAUCAAAUCAGAGAAGAAGAAACGCAAAUCGGUCAAGAGGCAAAUCACCUUGGACAGGAAGAAACUUUGCUCACUCUCGAAGAGACAUCAAUCAACCAAACUAAUAAAACCCAAGCAAACAAUGAAGACCCCUCUCAAGAUCAAAACCACGGCAGAACUGAAACCCUCACCUCAGCUCCAAUCACUAAGAAGCAUCGAGAAGUUCUAG